GAGACCUGUGUUACAGUGUGGACACCACUCAUUUGUAAAACUUCUCUGUCUAUGAAGAGCUUUGGUCCUUUUCAUGUAAUGAGCUGAUUUGGGCUAAAAGCCAACUUCAGAGUGAUAAUGAUCCCUUUUUAUGGCUAGGGUAGCUGAGGUUCUAUGAGAUGCAGCUUAGCCCAAAUCUAGCCACUGAGCAAGAGGGUAGACUUCAGAUCCCAGACUUAUGCCUCUACCAGUGUUAAGACAGUAGCCAUCUAUAGCGAUUUACAUUAAAAUUAUUCAAAGUAAAUAAGGCUUAAAAUUAACUUCCUCAGUCCCACUAGCAACAUUUCAGGUGGUACAUGUGUGAAAUAUUUCCAUCAUCGCAGAAAGCUCUGUUGGACAGUGCUAGAUUUAUUGGUGAAACCACAGAGUCAAAACAGGUGUUUGAAUCCUAACUCAUAAGUUUAGCAAAUUCUGUGCCUCAGUUUCUUAAUUUAUAAAGUGGAGAUAAUGAAUGUAAAUAAUAAUAGCCCCUGCUAUACAGGUACUAAAUAAACAAUAGCUGAUCUUUCUACCAGGCCACUGUCCCAAGCUGAUAAUUCCAUUGUGCUGGACAUGGGGGUUACAUUAUCCCUGUCUUGGAGAGAUAGGACUAGUGAAAGAGCCAGGUGUAUAAGUAUGUAUGCUGAAGUAUUUCAUACUAAUGUAAGUCUUGGGAGCCCACAGGGCAUGUAUGAAAGGGUGCUAGGAAAAGUUUCAGAAGGGUUAGCCUUUGAGCUGUGCUUUCAAAAGAGUUUCUUCCAGGUGUCCAAAGGAUCUCUUGAAGUGGAAGACAGGUCAUGUUAAAGGGGGGAGGGGCUGGGCAGGGGGCAACUUGGAUAGCUAUCAUCCCCUUUAUGACAGCUCUGUGACCUCCCAGUCCUGCCUUGCAGAGUGAGGUGUGCCCUCUGGGGUACAUGGCUGUGUCUGGCUUUGCAGGGAGUGUUAAAGGUUCUCACGGCGAAGUUGGUGUCCACCAUAGGGCAGCUGCUCACUUAACCCUCAGAGGAUAGCCCUGUUUGGGUGAGCCAGCCAAAACUUGACAUGGAUCCAUCUUUCAGGACCUGGAACCCCUGGAACCCAAUUUGCUGCUUGAUAAGAGACUGGAUGGUUUCCGUUCAGCCCAGUUGCCAGCCCAAUGGUGUGGGGUGGGGGGUUGGGAGUGGUGUUCUGAAUGGUCGGGGUUGGCUAGACAGGUGGAGGACUCACCGUCGAUUGGGCAGAUCUAGCCAAUGACAACACAAAGUGGGUGUUUUAGAGCAGGAUAUUCUCUUUCCUGGACUCGGCUUAAAUGGGCACUGCUAGAGUUUGCCUUUCAAACUGCCCAUAUUUCCACGACCAGUAGACAACCCUUCCGAACCAUCACGUGGGCUUAUGUUUAAAUGUUUAAGAGUGGGGCCUUGGAGUCAGACCCCGGUUCCAGUUCUGGCCCUAAGGUGUUAUGACACAAAUUAUUUAACAUCUUGGAGGCUCAUUUAUUUCACCUGUGGUUUUUUGAGGAUACCACUUUGCCACUACCUCCAAAAAGUUUCCUUAGUUUUGCCUUGAGGGCUGUAUGUAACUUCAGUUACAUUUUUCCUGCAGUUGACUCAAAACGAUCUGUUUUUCUAUUUCCAGGUUAUUGUGGAGUGGGGGUGGGGAGGAGUGUACGCUGCCUUGACCACUGUUUCCCCCAUAUACCGUCUUUCCAUCUGUCCCCAGGGACCUGCACAUGCCAUCCCGCCUCAUCAGGCUCCAGCCACACUGGCUGCCUUUAGUUCCCCAGAAAGGUUCUUACCCUCCUCGGCUGUUGCUGAGGCUUGCCUCUCUCUGGAAUGCUACUCCCCCCCUCUUCCUUAGCUAACUCCUGACCUCCUUUGCAUUCUAUAAGGCUUUGGAUUAAAUGUCACCUCUUCAGAGGACAUUCUUGACUGCCUUAUCCAAAAUAUGCCCCCUUCCUGGUUGCACUUAUCAGGCUUAAAGCUGUUUUAUACUUUCGUUGCUUACUUUUUGUUUCCUCCGCAUUGGGCUGUGAACUCCAUGAGGUCAGGGAGCGACCUAGCGCAUUGCAUAGCACGUGGUCCUCUAUAAAUACUGUGGAAUUGGAAGUGCUGGCUGAGGAACCAUGGCACUGAUAGUAACUGGUAGCCUCGUGAUGUGCGCUUCCACCAUCAGUGCUAUGCUCAUCAAGAGUCUGAGGCAGGUGAGACUCAGGAUUUGCCUGCUUGAGAGAUCCUCAGAACCAGCCGGCCCUCCUGAGGGUGACGAGAAGAGGUUUCCAAGGUGACAGUAAACAGGGGGCGGAGCCUCGGAAUGUAGGGCUUCAGCAGGGCCCACCACGGAGAGGAGGCGCGCAUGCAGGGUCCCCGCUCAGUGCUGCUCCUGAGCGCAGGGGAGCCGAGGGUCUCACACCAAGGCUCUACCGCCUGGUGCAGUCAGGAGGGUGGCCCCGUAUGCAGCUGGCAGAGGAAGCCGCAGCCGCCCGAGCCAUGCACCAGUUCCACAGUCCCAUGGCCCUGGGCACGCCACUCGAUGUUGAGGCCCCCUGAGACGCAGCCGUGGCCGAGGCCCGCCUCCAUUUGGCCCAGUGAGGCUUGCGCAGGCUGCGAACACCCGGCCCGCAGCCCCGCCUUAGCGCACAGCCCAUGCCACGCCUUCGAGUCGCUCACCCACUGCACUCGCGCCCUGGGCGCUACAGAUCUACGUCCCCUCGGGCCCUCGUACACCCGGGUCCUUGAUGAUGCCCGGCUGCAGGACGGUUCCCUUGUACUCUGGCCAGGAUUGUCCAAGGCGUCUCAUCACAUGGGCCGGCUGAGAAAAGCCAAGAUCUAUGUAGAGAAAGCUGUCAAGCAGAAGAAGAUCUUUAUGAUCCAAGGUCACUACCCAGUAAUCCGGUGCCUCUUGCGCCACAGGGGCUGGGUGGAGAAGAAGAUGGUCCGGUCCUCGGGCACCACCCUGUUGUCCCCUCAGAAGGAUCUGGACAGCUCAGUAAUGGAUGAUAGCAACACCACUGAGGAUGAAGAUGAAGAUGAGGACGAGGCGUUCCAGACACCACAACUGUUUGACUUCGAUGACACACAGGAAUUUGAUGACCCAGAUGGGACACACGCUCUGAUGGUGGGUCUAUGUCUCAAUCUCCGGAACUUGCCGUGGUUUGACGAGGCUGAUGCUGACUCCUUCUUUCCACGCUGCUACCGCCUGGGGGCUGAGGAUGACAAAAAGGCCUUCAUAGAGGACUUCUGGUUGACAGCUGCCCGCAACGUUCUGAAGCUGGUGGCAAAGUCCGAAUGGAAGUCAUAUUCUAUCCAGGCAGAAGAGGAAGAGGCCCCACAAGACCAGAAGCUCACGACACAGGAGCAAAAGCCGGAGAAGGUAUCCCCAGAGUUUGUGGAUGAGGCUCUGUGUGCCUGUGAGGAGCACCUUAACAACCUGGCCCACCUGGACAUUGACAGGGACUUGGAGGCCCCGCUGUACCUCAGCCCUGAGGGCUGGUCCCUCUUCCUCCAGCGCUACUACCGAGUGGUCCAUGAGGGGGCAGAACUCAUGCACCUCGAUGCUCAUGUCCAGCGCUGUGAGAACGUCCUGCAGCAGCUCCGGGCAGUGUUGCCCCAGAUGGACAUGGAAGGAGAUCGCAACAUCUGGAUCGUGAAGCCAGGAGCCAAGUCCCGUGGCCGAGGCAUCAUGUGCAUGGACCACCUGGAGGAGAUGCUGAAACUGGUGGAUGGCAACCCCAUGAUGAUGAAGGAAGGCAAGUGGGUGGUACAGAAGUAUAUCGAGCGGCCCCUACUCAUCUUUGGUACCAAGUUUGACCUGAGACAGUGGAUCCUGGUGACCGACUGGAACCCACUUACUGUGUGGUUCUAUCGAGACAGCUACAUCCGCUUUUCCACACAGCCCUUCACCCUGAAGAACCUGGACAACUCGGUGCACCUGUGCAACAACUCCAUCCAGAAGCACCUGGAGAAUUCAUGCCAUCGGCACCCACUGCUGCCCUCAGACAACAUGUGGUCGAGCCAGAAGUUCCAGGCCUACCUGCAGGACAUGGGGGCCCCGAAUGCUUGGUCCACUGUCAUCGUGCCUGGCAUGAAGGCUGCAGUGAUCCAUGCUUUGCAGACCUCCCAGGACACCGUGCAGUGUCGGAAGGCUAGCUUUGAACUCUAUGGCGCUGACUUUGUGUUUGGUGAAGACUUCCAGCCCUGGCUGAUCGAGAUCAAUGCCAGCCCCACCAUGGCACCCUCCACAUCUGUCACCACCCAGCUGUGUGCUGGUGUGCAAGCUGACACCCUGCGUGUGGUCAUUGACUGGCGGCUGGACCGAAACUGUGACACCGGAGCCUUUGAGCUCAUCUACAAGCAGCCUGCUGUGGAGGUGCCCCAGUAUGUGGGUAUCCAGCUUCUAGUAGAGGGCUCCACCAUCAAGAAGCCCUUGGCAAUGUGUCACCGGCGGGCAGGGCUCCACACAGCGCUUCCUCACCUGCUGACCCAGCGAGACUCUGGGGAAGCCCCUUACCACUUCCCCAGCCUCCACACCAAGGCCCAGCUGCCUUCUCUCCAUGGGCUCCGACCUCAGGGGCCAGUCUUUGGACGGCAGCACAGCAAGCUGGUGGGCUCCAAGGCCCUGUUGACCACAGGCAAGGCCUUGAUGAUUCUACCUACCGCCAAGGUUUUGAUUUCCUUCUCACCUAAACCUGAGCUCAAGUGGGCACCCACCAUCCUGAAACCAAGAAAGGUACCAAGGCUGCUGUUAUUCCCAAGCACCUUUGUGGUCCCCAUCCUGGAAGUGCCUUGUGGCCUUUACCCUCUGAAGUUAGAAAUCUUCCUAGUACACAUAGGAAGAUCAAGGCCAAAAGCGAGUUCAAGGCCAAACUGUGACAGACUCAAGGCUGAAGCAUGCCUCAUGAAGACACUGAGCCUUCCAGGAUCCCUGCCUCUAAUCAAUGCACACCAGGGGUUGGGGGGAAUGCAGGAUGUGAGGCUAGAGAAGCCCUUGCUUCAGGUCACUGCCCCCAUUCUGGGUGCAGCACCAAAUAAAAAGGAGCAAAUAAAGUAUUCUUGGCUUGGCUUCGUUUCUAUCAGAGGGUGAACAGAGUGUGGCGUGGGGCUCUGUACCCCAAAAUCUAGAGCAAGAGUUAGAGGCCAUCAGGAACUCCUCCAGGAAGCAAGGCUCAGAAUUCCCACACAGUGGCAGACAUGGGACUUCCUGUUCAGGAAGGCUCUCUGAUCUUUAGGUAGGGGGAUAAGUCUUACUUUACAGAAGAGGCAACUGUCUGAAUGAAGCAGCAUGGCUUGCCCAAGAUCACCGGGCAGUGGGCAGAAGUCUGGGAUACACGGCCAAAGUGGCUGACCACCGGGAGUCCCCCAAAUUCCUAAGACCGGAAGAGGAGCUGGGCUGACAUCCGAUGGGCACCAGGUUUACAACAUGAGACAUGAGGGAAGGGUGGACCUUGCCUGAACCCCAGCCCUUCUCCAGAGGGAGUGGGUCUGUCCCUUCCUCAGCAAGUGGAGACGGUCACCUGUAACGAAAAUAUCCAACAAACCAUACCCACCUGAAAAGUAAGGUAUUCCUUAGUUAUUAUGGGUUGAAUGGUAUACCCCUUUCCAAAGAUGUCUGCCUAGAACCUGUUCAUAUGACUUUAUUUGGCCAACGGGUCUUUGUAAAUGUAUCAAAACGUCUUGUAAAGCUAUUGAGAUGGGAUCAUCCUGGAUUUUCCACAUGGGCCUUAAAUCCAAUGACAAGGGUCCUUGGAAAGGAAGACAAACACAAGAAGGCCAUGUGCAGAUAGAGGCCAAAAUUGGUGUGAUGGAGACACAAGCCAAGGAACACUCGGAGCCACCAAAGGCUGAGAGGCCAGGAAGGGCUCUCCCCUGGGGCCUUCGAGAGCACAGCCUUGUCAAUACCUUGACACAGACUUCCAGCCUCCAGAACCACGAGAUUUAACUGUUGUUUUAAGUCACUUAGGUUGUGGUAACUUGCUAUGGCAGCCACAGGAAAUAUACUAGGCACAUGAAGCUACAUAUACUCUGACCCAGAAACUCUUGCGUAACAACCAGGAAAUACAAGCAGGUUCACAGCAGCAGUGCUGUAAGAGGUGAGAAACCUAACUGUCCAGUAACAGAAUGGAUACACUGAUGUAUUCCAGCACUGGGGUUCAAAUUCCAUGCCAUACAACACAUGCAUUUCUCAGUGUGGAGUGAGAACACAUCACAAAAGAAUA